CUUUUUUUUAAAAAUGGUUUAUUCUAAAUUGUGUUCUUUUUUUUAUAUUACUGUAAAACUUACACUAAUUCCAGUUGCUCUACAAUGUACAUUGUCACUGUCAGCUUAACGAUAAAAAGUAACAAAAAGUCAAUGAAUUCAGCAGUCACUCGUUUCCAUAAUGACGGAACAAGAAACUCUGAAAAUGUUAAAUUUCUGUAAGUAUGAUGAACAUUUCAACAAACAUAAAUAUAAAAAGAAGUAAUCGUAGGUAACGUAUGUUGAGCACACCUCUUUCUUGAAUUGUUGGUGGCUGCUCCGGUUGGCUCUGGUUAGGUUGAGUUUGCGAUUGACUAGUUGCCUUCUGUUCUCUAUUUGAUGUAUUAGUGUUUGGAGCUAGAGCAAUUGACUGAAACAUGCACCAGGCACUAUAUUGAACCAUCCAUUUUUGCAGAGCAGUGGCAUAUUCAGUCAUGGUUUCGAAUUUCUCAUCUUUUCCUGUUUUUAGGUGACAGUUGUCGAUAUUUGGUAAUUUGUUAAAGUCGAGGAUAUUAGUUUCAUUUAGUUGAUGGGGUGUUGCAGUUUCAUCAAUUUUCUCUUCUUUUAGGCGCUGACGUACUCCUAUACCCUCCAUGUUUGUUUUGCCUAAGAGUGGCGCUGUUGCAGUAUACUACUUCCGUUUUCGGAGUUCAUUGAAAAAUAUUGUAUUUCCCCUUCCGGCUGAAAAAAUGGAGGCAACCGGCGAAGCAACUAAAACUUCUGAAACGCAUAAUUUACCUUGGGUAGAAAAAUAUAGACCUAAAAAAUUGGAAGAGCUUAUAUCUCACGAUGAUAUUAUUUCUACGAUUAAUCGUUUCUUAGCCCAGGAUAGAUUACCUCACUUAUUAUUGUACGGACCUCCUGGUACUGGAAAAACAAGUACUGUUUUGGCAAUUUCCAAGCAAAUUUACAAACCUGGCGAAAUAACAUCACACGUACUGGAAUUGAACGCGUCCGAUGAUCGUGGUAUUGACACAGUUCGUAAUAAAAUUAUGAACUUUGCAGGCACGAAACCUGCCGGAAAUUAUCCUUUUAAAAUGAUUAUACUUGAUGAAGCUGAUGCGAUGACAAAAGAUGCUCAGAACUCGCUUCGACGUAUUAUUGAACGCUUUACUGAGACAACGCGAUUCUGCAUAAUCUGCAAUUAUUUAUCAAAAAUUAUUCCCGCUAUUCAAUCGCGUUGUACAAGAUUUCGAUUUUCGCCUCUUAAUAAGGACCAAAUACUUCCUCGACUACACGAAGUUUGUAAAAAAGAGAACCUCUCCUUAGAUCCAAACGGUGAAAAAGCCUUGCUAACCCUAGCAGAGGGUGAUAUGAGAAGGGUGCUAAAUAUACUACAAACUUGUUCAAUGGCAAGCGAUGAAAUUAUUACUGAGGAAAGCGUAUACACAUGUGUUGGUCAUCCUCUUCCAUCCCAUGUGGAAGAAAUUGCUGAUUGGCUCUUUAAUCAUGACUUUAUGCAAGCCUUUCGAAAUACGUUCACCCUAUUGCAAACACGCGGCUAUGCUCUACAAGAUAUCUUAACAGAUCUUCAUCUUUUCGUUCACAGAAUUAAUAUGCCUUCCCGAUUGAGAAUAAACAUCAUUGAUAAAAUGGCAGAAAUUGAAGAAAGAUUGUUGGUGGGUUCUUCCGAUAAGAUUCAGCUAUCAGCUUUAGUAGCCGCUUUUCAGGAAGUUAAAGAUUAGAUUAUUGCUCAUUUAAUCUAUAUUGUAAAUUAUAUGGGAUCGAACCUUUUUAUAAAAUGCAUAAACUAACUUCAGUUAUACUACAAUAAAUCAAUUUGAAAACUUUGAACAGCUAUAAAAUAUUUUCAAAACUACAUUUUU